AUACCAUCGCCAAAUGCGGGCCAUGUAAAUAGCAACAAUUCCACGUGCACCUUAUCCUUUUUUUUUGUUUGUGUUGUCCAUCGGACGGCUAAGACCAAUGUUGGUUCAUCUCGCCACACCUUAUCCUUAUUAGCGUAUGUUUCAUUAAUUACCGCUUCACUGCAGUGUCGAUUAAUUACCGCAAAAUAGUGUCGUUUAAUGGUUGAAACAUAACAUUAUUUCCAGUACGAUUUUGAAACCAAUGUUAUUGCCAGAUAAUGUCCAAACCAAGCUCAAAGUGGACUGAUUUGUCUAAACCACUUAGCCGCCCAGUCUUGGAAAUAAUUGACAAGAUUGGUUUUCGUGAAAUGACUCCGGUUCAGGCGGCUACUAUCCCAUUACUUUUAUCUUAUAAAGACGUUGCGGCUGAGGCUGUUACAGGCUCUGGUAAAACUUUAGCCUUCGUUGUUCCUUUACUAGAACUGUUGCUCAAGCGUCAACAGGAUACGACAUGGAAAAAGUCAGAAAUUGGUGCAAUUAUAAUUUCACCAACGCGUGAGUUGGCUGUACAGAUCAGUAAAGUGUUAGGAGAUUUCUUAGAGCACGAUGUGUUGAAACAGUUUAAACAAAAGUUACUCAUCGGUGGAAGCUCUGUGGAGGAAGAUGUUGAUUCGCUAAGAAAAGAUGGAGCGAAUGUUUUGGUCGCUACACCGGGUAGAUUGAAAGAUCUUUUAGAAAGGAGAGGAGAUCCUAAUUUGCCCGCCAAAGUAAGAAAUCUGGAAUUGUUAGUCCUGGACGAAGCUGAUCGCUUACUGGAUCUAGGUUUUGAAGUCACAAUCAAUACCAUUCUUGGUUACUUGCCACGGCAAAGGAGAACGGGUUUGUUUUCAGCAACACAAACCAAAGAAGUUAAGGACCUAAUGAGAGCUGGUUUAAGAAAUCCAGUACUAGUGAGCGUAAAAGAAAAGGCAACUGUUAGCACUCCGAAACUAUUGCAGAACUACUACGUAAUAGUAGAUCCCGAGUUCAAACUGACCGCUUUGAUAAGUUUUAUCAAGAAACAGGAACUACAAAAAGCCAUGAUAUUUUUUCCGACUUGCGCAUGCGUUGAAUAUUGGGGAAUUGCUCUAGCUGAACUACUGCAGCCAAUGAAGGUGUUAGCUCUUCAUGGUAAAAUGAAAGCCCAGCGGAAUCGAAUAUUAACUGAAUUUCGGGAAUCUGACUGCGCCUUACUACUAUGUACAGAUGUCUUAGCGCGAGGGGUGGAUAUUCCUGAGGUGGAUUGGGUAGUUCAGUGGGAUCCACCUUCAAAUGCAGCGUCUUUUGUUCACAGAGUUGGGAGAACGGCGAGGCAGGGCCAAGAAGGAAAGGCAUUAAUUAUGUUGUUACCCUCGGAAGAUGCGUACGUCGAGUUUCUCACACGCAAUCAAAAAGUUUCUCUCAAAAAAGUAUCACUUGAUUCGAACGCAAAGAAACUUCGCAAAGUGCUCAAAGUCCUUCAUCGACUACAGUUAGAUGAUCGUGGUGUUUUUGAUAAGGCAAGCCGUGCCUUUGUGUCCCACGUUCAAGCUUACAGUAAGCAUGAAUGCAAUUUAAUCUUGCGGGUUAAGGACCUUGAUCUAGGAAAGGUUGCCACUAGCUAUGGGCUACUACAACUUCCCAGAAUGCCCGAAAUGAGGGAGCAAUUUAAACAAAGUUUUCAAGGUCCAGAGGAACAAGUUGAUGUGUUUAAACUGGUCUAUCGUGACAAGCAAAAACAACAAUCGUACGAAAAAAAGGUGCAAACAUUUAAGGAAACAGGUGAAUGGAAGAGCAAAAAGAAAAUCCAGAAAAAGAAUUCUGUCCCUUGGGAGCUAGCAAAAAUGGCUCGCGAAGAACGAAAAGAAACACGCAAAAAGCGACGCGACGAGAAACAGAAAAGAAAAGCUGCUGCCUUAGCAGCUGAUGAUGAGGGACAGUCUGUUAAGAAGAAAAAGGCGAAAUUUUCCCAGGAAGAACUAAACGAACUGGCAAACGAUAUAAGAGCUUUGAAAAAACUGAAAAGGAAAAAAAUUACAAAAGAAGAAUUUGACGAUCAAUUAGGAUUAGACGGUAGUGGUGGCGAAAGUGGCGAUGAGCGGAAGUAGAAUUCGUUAUAUAAAAAAAAGCGUAUAUGAAUAUAUAAUUCUAUCAUUUGCAAAAUAGUCAAUUCAAUUUUGAAAACCAA